ACGUUCGUAUUUUCGUUAACCCUCCGAGAUCGGCUCCAUAAUUGUCGUAUAAAGGAGACUUUCGCCAGCAUCUUCUUCGGUCGCUCGCUCGCCAUCAUUGCAAAAUGCGUGAAUGUAUUAGCGUACACGUCGGCCAGGCUGGGUGUCAGAUGGGCAAUGCAUGCUGGGAGCUGUACUGCCUCGAGCAUGGCAUCCAGCCAGACGGUCAGAUGCCUAGCGACAAGACGCUUGGUGGCGGCGACGAUUCCUUCAACACCUUCUUCUCUGAGACGGGAGCGGGCAAGCACGUCCCACGCGCCGUCUUCGUAGAUCUGGAGCCAACCGUCGUUGACAUAGCAACGGAGGUGUCGACGGCCGUCGUCGAGCCGUACAACUCGAUCCUGACGACUCACACGACGCUCGAGCACUCCGACUGCGCCUUCAUGGUCGACAACGAAGCCAUCUACGACAUCUGCCGCCGCAACCUCGACAUCGACCGGCCCACCUACACCAACCUGAACCGCCUCAUCGGCCAGAUCGUCUCCUCUAUCACCGCCUCCCUGCGCUUCGACGGAGCUCUCAACGUCGAUCUCACAGAGUUCCAGACUAAUCUCGUGCCCUAUCCUCGCAUUCACUUCCCGCUGGCGACGUACGCUCCGGUCAUCUCCGCGGAGAAGGCUUACCACGAGCAGCUGACCGUCUCCGAGAUCACGAACGCCUGCUUCGAACCGUCGAACCAGAUGGUGAAGUGCGAUCCGCGCCACGGCAAGUACAUGGCCUGCUGCCUGCUCUUCCGCGGCGACGUCGUCCCCAAGGACGUCAACGCCGCCAUCGCGACGAUCAAGACGAAGCGUUCGAUCCAGUUCGUCGACUGGUGUCCGACCGGAUUCAAGGUCGGCAUCAACUAUCAACCACCCACAGUUGUCCCGGGAGGCGAUCUCGCGAAGGUUCAACGUGCUGUCUGCAUGCUGAGCAACACCACGGCCAUCGCCGAAGCCUGGGCGAGGCUCGACCACAAGUUCGACCUGAUGUACGCGAAGCGCGCAUUCGUGCAUUGGUACGUCGGAGAGGGCAUGGAAGAGGGAGAGUUCUCCGAGGCGAGAGAGGAUCUGGCGGCUCUGGAGAAGGACUACGAGGAGGUGGGCGUCGACUCGGCCGACGUCGGCGAAGAGGAGGAAGAGUACUAGCUUCUCUCGUGUGUUCCGCGGUGUUCGCGAACAUUGACGUGAUUGCAAGCGCGCGAACCGUACGCUUUCUGUCGUCGUUCCUUCGCUCUUGUACAAACAUGAUUAUACAGCUAGUCCUCUUUACACUACGCAAAUUAAAAUGGCGACGAAGAGAAAGAGGGUGUUGUUUCCUCCCUCCUAUACAGAUAAAAUUCUAUCGUUCCUCUCUAGAGGAUACAAAUUGAAACGUCGAUAUAAUAUUGUUUGCCACUAGAUUGAAUUUAAUGUCUAGAUGAUACGGUUCAAAUUCGACUGGCUACACUACCACGGCAUGUUUAACUGUACAUAUGUUCAUGUUCAGUGUACCUAAACAGGCUAUCGGCAUAGCAAUUUGGAGGAUUGCAUGUUUUAAACAGAAAAGGUUAUUUUGGAAGGAAGAAAUAAUCAUGGAUUUGAAUUUCACAGUCCACACAAUACGGCAAUUCUCCCUUAGUGUACGGUUCGUGCAUUUGUGAUGACGCUGUUUGUCGUAAACUGCCCCUCCUCAGAUAAACUUAUUCAGUCUUAUGAUUCUAUAUGCUAGCAGUUGCUUAGAAAUCUUGAAUUAAUUAGUACAUCAUUAUGUAGUUACAUUUUCGGCAUCACUUGCAUCUUAAUGUUAACACCCCAAUAUAGUCCCAAUAUGGACUAGGUGAAAUAUGGAACUGGCGCUCUGGGGUUCUUUUGUAAGUUCAGUUCCUCUUCUUGUUUUAUCAAAACACACAGUCGAUUAAAAAAUUAUUUAUUGGGAUAGCUUUAUUGGUUUUAGCUUCCCGCGCGUGUGUGAGAAUGUACUGAAGACAUUUGCAAUUUCAUAUCUUUUCAGCUUGUGAUUUUUUAAUAUAAAUUGCUGCGCUUUCUUGAGCAAUGUUUGUAUUGCGUUCUAGGAAAAAUGAUACAUGUGGAUUUUUUUAUUUCAUCUUGUCCAAAAGCUCUUUCUUCAUUAUAUAAAAUAAAAUUUCCUUUUAGUAUAGGGCUACACACCGUUCAUACGAAAUGUACCAGUUAACAUGAGUCAAAUUGCAGGUGAGUAAAACAAAAGAUAACAAGUACGAAAAAUUCACAAUUUUUUCUAUGGUUAGUUCCACAGGCAAUUGGAACGUCUCAAAACAAGGUAAAUAGAUACGAAAUGUAUUUACUA